CAAAUCAGUAUCGGCACAGAGAUGCACAUUGCCGAGGUGAAGCGGGAAAUUGAGCGCCAGCACCCGUCUGCCCCGCAGGCGCGUGACAUGCGGGUUAUAUGGAAAGGCCGGAUUCUGAACGACGACUAUCCAUGCAACGACGACGAGGCGGAGGAGGUGCCAGAGCCACAGACUGUGCACUUUGUGCUGAACACGCCAAUAAGCGGCAUACCGAAGCAGCCCACCACACAUGGAGCGAAGCAGGCAGAGGGACAGAAAAUGGGGGCGCCGGCGGCGGCUGAUUUAGCCAAGGAUGAUGGCGUGCCUGCAGACAGCGCGUCUAUUGUGCCGCUGGGCAACCAAUUCCAGUAUGUGCUGGUUAAUGGCGUGCCAUAUCUGAUGGAGCUGACGCCUGUGGGGCUCGAUGCGCCAGCUGCCAGACUGGACGAUCCCGACGAUGACACGCCGAUUGCACAGCUUAUGGCACGCACGGCUACCACGCUGUCGCAGUACGAGCAGGUCCAGCGGCUAAUGGCCCAGACGCAGGCGAUUGUGGACCGGGCGAAUGCGAGGCAGGACGCAGGCAUGAACAACCCGGAUGUCCGGCCAGCCGACCACCACGGCGUGCCGCUUGACGUGUUUCGCAGCAUAAACUUCAGUGCAAUCUGGAACGCCGCCUGGCUCCUGCUGAGAAUGGCGCUGCUGGUUGCGGUGUUUGCACACGAUGCGAGCUGGGAGCGGCUGAUUCUGCUUGGCGCACUGGUGCUUGGAUUCAUAGUUCUGCAGAGCCGCGGCGUGCGUGAGGGCUUUGCUAGGCUCAACAACGCUAAUGGGGAGCGGGACAACGGCACUGAAGGGCAGCCGAGGGUGUAUUCUGUGUGGGAGAAGAUCAAGGCGCUGGCAAUUGCCCUGCUCACGUCACUGGUGCCGUCGGAGCCGUUCCAGGGGCCUCUGGCCGAAGAGUAGACCACAGUGUGUUUUUUCUGUAGCUUUAGAUAGUAUUUUAAACGGAUAUCCAGCAUAUAUUCCACAUCGCGCGUGUGCCAGAGCUGCCUGGUUGAGUCUGUAGGCACGGGUGUCGACUUUAAGGAGCAGGGUGGGAUUUGCACUGGCAACUGGCCGGUCGGAAUCGCGGCCACACGCGCAUCCCCGAGUAGCCCGCUUUCGCAGUCCUAUAAAAUUGUGUCCGAUCACAAGCCAGCCAGGAACCUUCAAGGGCGCUGUUCGUCGGAGACCUACUUCUCCUCUACUGCCAGCCAAAUCAGCCUAUUUUC